CAGAAGAGUUUGUUUGUUUUCUAGAAGAGCCAGCUGCUUUCAGAGCCAUGCUAACGGAUGUGGUCUCUCUGGCGACCGCCUUCUGGGCAGGGCUCCAUGCCAGGACUUUGCUGGUGGGUGCUGUCGUCUUUCUGUUGUUUGCUGACUUCAAAAGGCGGCGCCCAAAGAACUACCCACCAGGGCCCUGGCCUCUACCCUUGUUUGGCAACUUCUUUCAAGUGAACUUUGAGAAUUCACACUUGGAUGUUCAAAAGUUGGUGAAGAAAUAUGGGAAUGUUCUUAGCCUGGAUUUUGGUAACCUGUCUUCAGUGCUCAUAACUGGACUGCCCUUAAUCAAAGAAGUUCUUUCCCAGACAGACCAGUCCUUCGUGCACCGCCCUGUAACGCCUCUCCGAGAACGUAUCUUUAGGAAAAAUG